CGCCGCUAUGCCGCUAACUCCUACACCGAAGAAAAGAAACGCUGCAUUCAGCAGCAGGCUACUUCAUUUACUGAGAUCCGAAAUACUACACCAUAACUGCUCGAUCGUUACUGGUUGCCAUUCCCAGUUAUUCUUGUGCUGCCCACCCUCAUUAUUUCCCAGUGCCAAACUACACACCACAGCAACGUCUUAUACUACACCAAUGAAGUGGCCACUUACAACGGUGUGUGGCUCUUUCCUCAUACUAUACCCUGAGUUACAAACGGCAACAACGGAACACAUGCUACUACACCACCGAUGCUCCUGAAGGCCGACUGUCUCUUACUACCCCAUCAAUGCUCGAAUGUACACACCCUACACCACGUCUGCCGUUGUUCCAUCGAACGCACAAAAUUCUACUUCGGUUUGAGCUGUGUAUGACACAUGACGGUAAUGUUUAUGUUUACUACACCCUCAAGGUAUUCGAAUAUUAUGCACCAAAGAGCCAAAGGCAGAGCAUUAUCGCAACACUGCCUGUGGCAACUUCUAGCAACUACCGAGGCUUCCGGUUACUACACAACUAAGGCUACGACACACCACACCUCAAUUUUAUUAGCAAUUUUAGUAUUGCGCAAUAAAGAGAACUGAGGACUUUUCUACCUUGAUUCAGCAUUCCACUAUAGAAUUGACAGUUCUACGAAAAAGGCUAAUGGAUUGCUACUCUUCCAAAACCUUUUAAAUACUAUAGAGCAAGGUUCCGAACCGCCAUUACGCAUGAGACAAUGUCGCAUUUGUUUCGUUUUUAUUAAGUAUUAUCUGUCAGAAUUUUUCAACGGUCCUGCUCUUUAACGUUCGAACAAAGUUCGUUUUAUUUGGGUAAACAAGAGAUGACAGAUAACGAUCUUCACAGCAAAAGAGGGUUAUGGACCGUCAAUUGCAGAUAUUCUUAUACUUAGCCAUUUCCUGAGUUUGCUAAUGCCCUAGCUCAAUUAACGAUGAUUCUUAAAAAAAGGGAAAGCAGACAUUAGUCGGUUGCUAAGCUUGAAAAAAGGAGGCCAAUGAAUGGAACCAUUUAACAGAAAAGUUCUUGCAAAUUGGAAAAAAAUAAAAGCUAAUGCUAAUGCUAGUUAAUGAACAAUUUCUUGCUUGAUUUAUGCAUGGAAUUAGCGAUACGUAAGACAAAGCAUUGCCCUGAUGUAAUAAAAGACAAAACUCUGGUACGCACUGAGAACGGGCAUACAUUACAUAACGGUGCAGAUUGCGGAACGGCUUGGUCUUGAGUGCUGUGGUUACAGCUAACUGUAGACGCUUUACAUAACGGUGCAGAUUGCGGAACGGCUUGGUCUUGAGUGCUGUGGUUACAGCUAACUGUAGACGCUUUCGUCAUUCAUGAUGAAGACAGGAUGUUACUCUGAUCUUAUCCAAGACAUGGAAGUCUGAAAUUUUAUAGAAAUUCAGUACAAUACAUACAACUUUUAGGGAGUAGCAUUUUAGUAGCGCGUUUGUUCCAUAGAUGGCGUAGUUGUUGGCUGUAGGUCUCAAAACAGUCAAUGGAAGUUUUGCUGGUUGCUCCUUGAUAAAAAAAAAAAAAAAUCACAGAUUGCUUUUACCUCGUAAAUUCGUCAAAUUGGGAUAAAUUUAAUGUAUCUUUGUAAAGUGUUUGUUCUAGCCUGAUUGACGAUGGCUGAAAUUCUAAGUAUUCGUGAUUUAUCGGAUGACAAUUCUCUGAGCGUAGCAGCUGAGUCCGGACUGUGCAGUCCCCAAUCAACCAAAGAUGAUAUUGUCCCAGCAAUUGAAAUUCCUAAACUGGCUGAUGUUAUUUCCAUUGGGGAUAAGCUGGAUUCAGAUAGACCCAUCGGAGAGAGACAGAGCCCUGAUGGGCAAGAAGAAGAAUCAGAUUCCAAUGCUACUGUGAAAACAAUUGAUGAACAGUCUCCUACACCUGUGGAAGAGCAAGGAGAAGAUGUGAUGAGAGAUGUCAUUCCAAGCAGCAAUAUUUUACCAUGGUACGCAAGGAAAGAAAGGUCGAUUAACACCCCCACCAGUGUUCAAGUAGAAACAUCCCUUAAGCCAGGGGAAUACGUUAUGAGAAAUUUAUUUGCUGAAUUUGUCAUUCAAUCUGAUAAAAAAAUUACGGGUGUGAUGGCAGAAGCCUUCGAUCGUUCCUUAUCUAAAUCAUUGCAAAGAGGAGAAGAUGCCCAAUUUGAUCAGUUGCUUAGUUCUUUCGGAUCAGUAGCUGAACAUUGUCUUCCUUCUCUUUUACGAACAUUGUUUGCCUGGUUUGAACGGCAAGGUAUUGAAUGGAUGCCUGGAAAUGAACACAAACAUAAAGGAGAUACCAAACGAAGCAAUGCGUCGGAAAUUUUUGCACUAUCAGAAGAAGAAUAUAUAAUGGAACGCAGAGAUUUAGCAGUACAGUUCAUACUAUGCUUAGUGCUGAUUGAAGUUUUGAAGCAACUGCCAGUCCAUCCAGGGCAUGAAGAUCUCGUCAAUUAUAUUGAAAACUUGGCUUUUAAAAACUUCAAAUACCGUGAUGGGGUGCAGAACAGUCCCAAUGCAGCCAACAUGCUUGUGAUUGCUGAUCUGUAUGCAGAAGUUAUUGGAGUUCUGGCCCAGUCCCGAUUUCAUUCGGUCCGCAAGCGUUUCAUGUCUGAACUAAAAGAACUAAGAGGUAGGGAGGCCUCACCAGCCACCACUCAGGCUAUCAUCUCUCUUUUGAUGGGCAUGAAGUUUUUCCGAGUCAAGAUGGUACCAAUCGAAGAAUUUGAAGCUUCUUUCCAGUUUAUGCAAGAAUGUGCUCAUUACUUUUUAGAAGUAAAAGAUAAAGACAUAAAACACAGUCUUGCCGGACUCUUUGUUGAGAUUCUCGUCCCAGUUGCCGCCACUGUUAAGCACGAAGUAAACGUGCCCUGUUUGAAGAACUUUGUCGAAAUGCUUUAUCCACCAACUAUUGAUCUAGCCACGAAGAACAAACAUCGCUUGGCUUUAUUUCCUCUUGUCACAUGUUUAUUAUGCGUGGGCCAAAAAAUGUUUUUCCUGUCCAAUUGGCACUGCUUCUUGGCCAUGUGCUUGAACCAUCUGAAAAACCGUGAUCCUCAGUUUUCUCGAGUGGCUCUAGAGUCCUUAUAUCGCUUACUGUGGGUGUACAUGAUAAGGAUAAAAUGUGAGAGCAACAGUGCUACACUCUCCCGUCUACUUAGCAUCGUGAAUUCUCUCUUUCCAAAAGGCUCGAAAUCAGUAGUCCCUCGUGAUACACCUCUCAAUAUUUUCGUCAAAAUCAUCCAGUUUAUCGCUCAGGAACGUCUCGAUUUCGCCAUGAGAGAGAUUGUCUUCGAUUUGCUUUCAGUGGCGCGCCCCGUCAAGAUAAUAUUGACACCAGAGCGGAUGAACAUUGGCUUGCGAGCGUUUCUUGUUAUUGCUGAUAGCCUGCAAAAGAAAGAAGGCGAGCCACCCAUGCCAAGAACGGUGGGAGCUCUUCCUUCUGGCAGUACAAUGCGCGUCAAGAAGACUUAUCUGAGCAAAAUGCUGACAGAGGACGCGGCCCGAAGCAUCGGAAUGAGUGCUUAUUACCCAUAUAUGAGGAAGGUAUUGAAUGGAAUCUUACGAGCGUUAGACGGUCAAUUCGGCCGUCCUUUGAUUAUGACCAACUUACAAAAUAUCAACAAGGAACCUGAUGAGAUGAUGAGUGGAGAGCGGAAACCCAAGAUUGAUCUGUUCCGUACCUGCGUGGCUGCAAUGCCACGUUUGAUUCCUGAUGGAAUGUCGAGAGGUGAACUGGUGGAACUACUAUCGCGCAUUACAUUGCACAUGGACGAAGAACUGCGCACGCUUGCAUUCCAGUGCUUGCAAAACAUUGUCGUCGACUUCCCUAUUUGGCGAGAAGAUGUGCUUUAUGGAUACAUCCAGUUUAUCGUAAAAGAAGUACCGGAUACAUCACCACAAUUAUUGGACAAUGUUCUUCGCAUCCUCUUACAACUUCUUAGCACCUGGCGGAAUAGCGUCAUUACCGCUACACAUCGCUCCCCUCAAGAAGAUCUUCCUAGUACCAUUUCGAAAUUGGAAACUGCCAGUGCAUUACGUGCAGCAGAAGGGCUGGCUCUGGUGAUGCUGUGUCAAUGCCGAUUACCACCCCGACGAGUAUCGGCGCUUAUACUGAAGGAGGUUAAGUUGCUACUAAAAGCAUUCGGAUUGACCAGUCGAGAUGAAGAACCUGUGCUUGAUGUGAUGGAUACCUAUUGUGCUGCUGUUGUAGACAAAUGGAGCCACCUACUGCCUUCGUCGGAAAGGGCCGCGUUGCAGAAUGUUGAUUUACAAUGGCUCUCGGAACGUUCAUCUCCUGUAUGGACGUCAGGUCUGUAACGACUUAUUAAAUUCGUCGUAUCAACGCUAUGAGACCAAUACUGACAAUUUUAUUUUGCAUUGUUCCUUCAUCUAGGUGUAAUUGAUGAUAGUGCAAACAAAGGAAGCGUUGCGGCAAAUAGCGUCAGUGGUGUGGAUGUCUGGUCAUCAUGUUUGUACUCGUUCUUGGAAAAAGAUCGCGUGACCUCGCACUGUCUUUCUGCCACAGCCAACGCUUGGACCAUUGUUUUCACGCGUUUAAAUUCUUUGUACAUUGUGGUCGAUCCAACUCCUGUCUCUGAUAAUCGUGCAUCGCUUUUAAGAAGUGCUGCCACUGUCAAGCGCCCCGUCAACGAGCGGGAUGUAUAUCUCCAUCUUUGGAAGAAUUACGUUGCAUUCGCCUGCCGAGUGGUGCCUCCUUCCACGAAUCCUGUUUUACGCUGCGCGUCGCCUGACAUUAGCUUGAGUUCGUCUCCCGAUGGAAUGUCGACGGAAAGGAGUGAAGUGCGCAGUUCUAGUGGUACAGUGUCACCGUCGUCUCUGUACAAGUUGAUUGUGCCGCUUAUACGUUGCGAGGUGACAGAUAUGCGCAGCACCGUUGUCAACGCACUGGGAAUGAUUAACCAUGCUGCUAUUCGGGAUUUGAUGGACGAACUCCUGCUUUAUAUCCGUGAAGCGCUUGAUCGAAAGCAAGGCAAUGUUAGGCGUCAGCGUAGACGAGACGCUCUUCGGCUGCAACUAGUCCGCGUUUUCCAACUAAUAGCCAAUCGAGGAACAUUUGGAAUGAGUUAUGUGAACGGAGAAAGCAACCCACUUCAUCCAGUUGUAAUUGAAUUCCUGGAUGGAAUGAGGCAAUGCCUGGAACUGGACACGGACCGUGAUUCGGUGUCUGGACGAGAAGUUCGUUCUUGCUUUGCCCUUUUCGUCACCAAUCUGAUUGACUGCUUUCCAUUGGACGUGCGUCCUAGUCUGUUGAAGCGUGAUCUACGCCAACAGCUUUUUAUCCUUUUUGCUGGAUGGAGCGGCAAAUUCGGGCGGCCGUUUGGAUUCAACUCUUCCAGUGCCGCCAAGGAGCAAGAGCCGUCCGAGCUAGAGUUGACAGCUGUGGAAGCCAUGAGUUCUGUUCUCUGUUGCGGCCCAUGUUUCAAUCGGCAGGGUUUGACAGAGGAUAACCACAGCGAUGUCUACUCUUGGUUGGACAUUCUCUUGGCCUCAAAAAACGAAAAGGUUUAUUCGUUAGCUCAGGAGACAGUCGUGCUUUUGCUCGAGUUCAACCCAGAUAUAAGCCCGUUGUUAGACUGGGUAGUCGAUCGAUGCUAUACCGGAAACGCUCAAGUGGCUGAUGGUUGUUUCCUAGCCCUAGCUACAAUAUUUAGCGCCAGGGAAUAUCCAUGUGACCAUUAUACUGCUAUUAUAAACGUCACACUGAUGUCGACCGGCUGCCCAAGAACAAUUAUACACGAAGUGGCUUUGCAACUUUUACAGGUACUCGACGCCCGAUUUUUCGGCAGUGGCCCCUCGCUUCCUUUAGCUUUUGGGGAUUUAGAUAGCGAAGCAACCGAGCGAGCCGAAGGGGGUAUUAGCACGCUGGAUGCCCUCUUGGCGACCACCUACUCACGAUCACAGAUAUACCUUUCUCGGCAACUGGCACAGCUUCAUCCGGAAUUAACUAUGCCAAUGUUUUCGGAAAUCACCCAUCGGCUUCAAACCGCCCGACCAACUGUCCGCCAGCUUCUUUUCCGUUAUCUGCUACCAUGGUUGUGUAACAUGGAACUUGUUGAUCCCAAUCUCCCACCAAUGAGUAGCGGGUACAACUAUCCAACUUAUUGUGCAGAUUUGGGGAGAUCAGUACCCGGAGCAGCCGUAAAUAACAUGGCUGGAGAUGCAAAUGAAACUGGUCAUCGUGAAGGUUGGGGUUCGGCAGAGGCCACGGAAAUGGUGUUGAAUAACCUCUUUUACGUCACGGUGAAAUUCGGAGACGAUCAUCCUAAAGAAUUAGAGGAUGUCUGGGCUGAGUUGUGCACGUGUUGGCCUACCAAUUUACGAGUAAUCUUGCGCUAUCUGUUCAUCGUAACGGGUAUGGCGGCUUCGGAACUUCUUCCCUACGCAAAACGUGUGGUAAUAUACCUUGGACGUGCCCGUCCGGAGCGUCUUUUGGACGAAUUAAUCAACGAAUUACAAACAAUCGAGACAAUGUCUUGUCUGAUUGAACGAACCGAAACGCCGCCCUUCUUCCGCGUCACAAGCCUUCGGAAGACCUCAUCUCAUUGGGGUGAAUCAGGAUCAGAACCGACGGCGCCCAGCGGGUCCAGUGGAGGUCAGAUCAACCGUGCUGAAGAUGCGUCACUUGGAAUUGGAGGACUGAAUGUUGAGAAAGGGACAAUCCAUACCAAGCGACAUAGCAGCGAAGAUCCAGGUAUGCUGACGUUAAGUGCAGCCGCCGUUGUGGCUGGCAGUGUUUGCAGUGCCUCGAUUCCGGCAGUCAAUAAGCUAUCGUGCUCCUCCCCUCGUCUGGAUCGCUCCCGAUCGCAUAACGAUGCAGAAAUCCUCGUAACGAAGAAAGUGGUAUUGGAAGAACAUCCGUCUACCAUCAAUCCCCCUAACAACGACUACGAGUCUUCACAACCACAUCCUUUACCAAUGCCGGAAUAUGGAGGUUAUUUUGCGCCAUUGACAGAAUUUCUUCCAAACAGUUCACAGCCAGUCAAUGGAUUCCAUCGGUGCAAUUUGGCUGUCAUGUUCCUGGUGGAUUUGGUAGUGGAAGGUAUGGAGCAAGGAAGUGAAGUGGAUUGGUCUGUCCACCUUCCGCUCGUCUUGCACAUGGCCAUCCUUGGUUUAGACCACACUCGCCCUUUAGUCUCAGAACACUGCAAACAGCUGCUGCUAAAUUUACUGCUAGUUUUGGCCGACCAUGGAGAUCAUCUGACGGUUGCAAAAGUUUUGCUUCAAACAAGAACGGAGCAACUAAAAUACGGCCUGACAACUUCUAUGUUGCCUGUCCCGAAACAUAACUUCACUGAGCCGGACUCUGAGUUCGAUAGUUAUCUCAGCGCUCCUUUCAUGCAGUUGGGUACGCCCACAUGGUCGUCGUCAGAGACUGGAGAAGAUCUGUCAGGUGAUGGUGACGAUAGUACAGAAAUGCCGGCUACUGUGGCGCUCUCUGACGUCAUUAAAUCUUUGAUUUACUUCAUUUCAUCAAGACCUGGUCAACCUUUAUGGAGCUAUGAAGAUAUAACAUCUAAAGUGUGGAGCGUACGCAGUGCCGAGCAGUUGGAUGUUUUCGUUCAACACAUCUGCCGCGUUUUCAGCGAAUCUCUGCCUCACAGCCACCUGGAAGAACGAUGGGCUCAAGUUGCACUUCAUUUGGCUCUAUCGUCACCUUCGAGGCACUAUGCUGGUCGUUCCCUUCAAAUCUUUCGAGGAUUGCGGGUACCAAUAACAUCACGAAUGCUUACCGACAUCCUGUCGCGCCUGGUUGAAACAGCAGCUGAGCAGGGAGAGGACAUGCAAGGCUACGUAACAGAACUAGUGUUGACGCUAGAGGCAUCAGUUGAAUCAUUAGAGACCGACUUCCGACCAAUGGAUGUUGCGCGCGAUAUUUUCAAGUCGACUCCGAAUCUUAACAACAAAGAAUGUGGUAGCCCGUUUCUCGAGAGAGCCACAGGUGCCAAUCUGACCCGCCGACAUGCUUUUUACGGUCGGACUCAUCUCAGUGCAGGGAAUGCUCCUUACAGUCACAUUCGGUCCACCAGCUACACGGCAGCGUGUGCUGACAAGAAAACAGGCAACAGUGAACUAAAAGAUCAAAUGCGAGGCCGAAGCAGCAGUGGAAAUGCAAAUGGCGUUACGCUCUUCCCAGGCUCAAGCCUUUCACGUUCGCGAUCGGCCCAGUCUCUAAAGCAGGCUUUAGAGACAGGCAUCGUACAAGAUGACAAAUUAGCAAUAUUGGCUCAGCUAUUUUGGAUUGCAGUAUGCCUGUUGGAAUCCGAUUACGAACACGAAUUCCUUCUCGCCUUACGGUUGCUUGAACGGGUCCUUCAUCGAUUACCACUUGAUCGUCCGGAUUGUCGUGAUAGGGUGGAAAAGAUGUUGCCACAACUCAAAUGGAACAAUUUUGCUGGUGUGCACGCCAUCGUUCUCAAAGGUUGCACCAGUCCCAACGUUUCGACGUACGAAUCGACUCUAUCGUUGUUGAGCCAAUUUACACCCUUCUUGGAAAUCGCCUUGAUGGAUCCUAGCGUAGGAUCAGCUUUUGCUAUCAACGUAAUGGCUCUUUUACCCUACAUGGUGGCUAACUAUGAAGAUGCCACACCACUUUGCAUCCGCAGUGCAGAAAAUAUUGCUCACGUGAGCACCGAAAAGGGCAAAAAGAUGGAAAAUUUAGCGACAGUGAUGACGCUGUACAGCCGUCGGACGUUCAGCAAAGAAAGUUUUCAAUGGACCAAGUGCGUCGUCAAGUACUUGCAUGAUUCCUACGGUUAUCUCACUUUGCCUAUGGUCACCUUCCUUGUUGAGGUUUUGGAACGUGGACCAAAUGGCAUGCAAGGUGCUGUCUUAAGCAUUCUGCACUGCCUUCUUCAUUAUGUCGACUUCAAUUUGUCCUCCAAUGCUCAACAAGUCAACGCCGAUCUUUUACGAGUCAUUGCCAAGUACAUCGAGGGCGCGCAUUGGAAGGAAGCUCUAAAAAUACUGAAGUUAGCCGUUACCCGUUCAUCCUCACUUGUUGCUCCCCCGUCAUCCGCAAGUGGCCCUGCAAGUGGUUGGGGCUCUGAUUCCAAUGCAUCUUCUUUUUCUGAUUCCGAGUUGUUUGUUAAAAAGGAACUUCCAGGACGCACCAUGGAAUUCACCUAUGAUCUGUCACAAACUCCGAUCAUCGGUCGGCGACAUACUGGUCCUGGCACAGAGUCUUAUCGGCCAAAAGAUCCGUUUACAUCUGCUACCGAAGCUGAUACUAAGGUUACAAACAACAAAGAAGAGAAAGCACCGGGCAAUGGUGCGUCAUCGCCUCGACGAUCUGUAUCGCUUUCAUCGGCGGACUCUUCUUCUAUCUCGGGCUGGAAGAGACCCUGGCUAUCACAAGCUCGUGUUCGUGAAUCUCUAGUCAACUUGUUAACUGCUUUCGGCCAACGAGUAGGCUUGCCCAAGAGCCCAUCAUGGGUCUUCUAUGUGGACCAUCAUACGGGCAAGGUUAUAUUCAGCCAGAGUUCGGAGCUGCUGGAAAGGCAAUCGAGUAUGGCAUCCUCGAUGGAAGAAGUGUCGACACAACAGGAUUUGUCGGGUGAUUCCAAAUUGGACGAUUCCGUUACCACUGACCAACAGUUUGGAGUCUUCAAGGAUUUCGACUUUCUCGAAUACGAACUGGAAUCUCAGGAAGAUGAAGGAAUGGAUCAGUUUAAUUGGGGCGUUCACCGCCAUUCGCUAUCUAGCUUGAACGCUGAGGGGGAGAAAGAAAAUACGACGCAGGCAACUCCAAAUCAUUCGUCGAGGAAGGAUCAUGGCAUUGAGGAAUCGUCCGACGAUGACAUGGGCUCUGUGUCUCCAUUGGAUGAUAUGGAAGCUGGAUUGAGGCACAGUAUCAAUGAGUUUCCGAGCAUGACCAUUACGCGAGACCUUCCUUCUUCGCUACCACUCGAUCUCAAUUCGAGCCACUCUGAAAUCCAUUCAGACUCAUCUCUGUUCUACAGUCAAAGCGAGUGCAGCGAAGGAGACGGAGGUGACGUGACUCCAUGUAAUCUUUCACCUUGCAUUAUCGGCCCCAUGGCCUCGGCGACUCCUCCUAGUUUUAUGACUCCAGAAGAUACGGCUACCCAGCCACAUAGUAGUUUGGAGGAUAUUGAUCCCACUUGGAGAACUCAUUUCCAACUCCUUGUGACAGAGGGUGGCCCCUCACAAUUGGUUUCGUCGCUUCAUUACCUCCCGAAACUUUUUCGGGAUGUGCGAGCUAAGGUUCUUUCAGCGACCAGAGAAUGCUGCCACUACCUUCAAAAUUCUCAAGGGAAUGGUGCAGCUGUUCUGAGACAGAUCUGCGCCAACUUUCAAGCUACAGCCGAUGUGGUUGCCACCCGUUGUGAAUGUCCAUUUAUAUUUUGUGAAAGCAGUCUUAACGACUGGGCUCACAGUCGCUAUUGGAAGCGAUUACGUUUUACGUUGAUGGAAUUUUACGAACACAGCGAAACAUGUACUGACAGGAGAGAGCACGCCUUGGAGUGCCUGGGGCUGGUACAGUCAACAUUGAAGCUCCAAAUGAUGGGGGAAACGUUCCCCGAGCAGACUCACGACGAACAACAUUAUGACCUGUGUCGCUACCUAUACCGGCUCCACUUCCAAGUUCUCCUUUUCAUGGAGAACUCGGCCAAGUUGGUGAAUGCUCUGCAGAAUGUGGCUACGGCUCAUGAGAUGUUGGACAUGUCAUCGGAUGUUGGUCUGAUACGCAUGGGACUGUAUCAAGCUUUGGAAGAAAUCGAACUUGACUCGUUGGACGGUAGCCAAGCUACUCCAACUGAUAUGUCUUUGAAUGACGCUUCUAUUCAGGAAGAAAUGAAUAUCAAAGAGCUUGAGUACAACUUGCUGGAACUGCUGAUGAAUAAGCGUUUCGUGAAAGCUCUGCGUUUGACGCGCCAGUAUCGUCAAUGUUGGCCACACGAUUAUUUUGGGACAAGCGAUGACGAAGAACUGGCGGCUAUUAUGCGAAUUUAUGGAAGAUACAUUGCCAGCAAAAAAUCAUGCGCAAUAAUAGCAACUUGCCCUGACGAAUCUUCAUUGGCCGAUAGUAGUGGUGUUAUCAUGGAUUUUAAUAUGCAAACGCAAUCGACGCUAAAAGCUCUGGAAAAAUCGCUCAUGAUCAUUUCAGAUUCACGGAGCGACCGUUCCGACUACAGCGUCCGUAAAACUGAAUGUUGAAAUGGUCGACGUCAUCCGCUUGAUAAAAUCUCAUUUGUUUUGUAAUUUUUACCCUUCCCUAUUUUGUGUAUUCGUUCAAUAUACGAGUCUUUAUCGUG